UGAGAGUCCCAUCCAAUGGCGGAUAAUUGAGACGGCGACGGGGGUGACCUACGCGUUUUCCGUAUAUAUAGCGUAAAAAAAGAAAGAAAACAUAGAAACGAAAGGCUCGUUGCAUUCGCUAUAUCGUUCAACGCUCAAUGCUAUGCCGUUUGCCGUCGCAAACCUGGUGAACGUUGCAGACGUGCCACACUUCUCGGAAGGAAGCGAAGCGCCCGUCGUGCGCGUAUUUACAUAUACUAGCAAGUAUGCAUCCCGGCUACUCCCCGUCCCUCCCUCAUUCCGCGACGAGCGAUCGCGGGGGACGAACAUAACCUCCGAGCGAUUUACGCAACGCAUUUAGAAUCUACGAGGAUUCGCUCGCUCAUGAGCGACGAUCGCGAUCUCGCGAUUUAGACGUCUAUUCGUUUAAAACGAGAAGCAAUAGAUAGUAAGUAUGACUAUAUCAAUGAUGUCAUCGAAUUGAAUCAUGGACAUGUCGCUUACUAGCAAAUCAGAUGUUUAUGUGGUGUCUCGAGAAACCAUUGCUAAACCCAUCUUUAUGGAGAAUGAACUAGAGCAAUGCACAGUUUGGUUGAAUCAUGAGAGUAUUGGGGAAAGUCCGAUUGUUAAGGAACAGUUAGUUACAAAUGGACAAUCAGAGGAUAAAGUUGAUCAUCAUACAGAGGCAACUAUAUAUUUUGAACAAACAGCAGAUCUGGACAGCUGUGACAAUGAGUCCAAUGAUUUUGAAUCAUCCAGUGCUGCUGUUUCAAAAGCAGAUUCGAUAAAAGAUUGUGAUUUGACUGAUGUUGAUGCAUUCACUUCAAAGGAAAAUGAAGAGGAGGAGGAGGAGACGAUUGCCACUUUUGUCACUGCGUCGGGGCAACAGUUGGCUCUUUACGCCGUGGAAAAUUCAGAUGAAAUAUUUGCUGUGACUGUUUAUGACGAAUCUGGCGAACCUCCGAGUAACUUUCAAUUUCUUAUGAAAGCAGAUGUAGAACGUUUAAUAGGCGAGGGAGCUGUACGAACGGUGAAAAAACCGUCGCAGAUGAAGAAACGAGUGUUGACUGCUCAUCCACCGAUGUUUUAUCGUGAAGAGGAAUUUGAAGAAGAGAAUGAUAGAACUUCCUGCGACACGUCAAUCAACAGUAAGAAAGAUAUUGCACAGGAAGAAAACAGCGAACUAGAAACCAAUUAUGAAAUCUACCAAAACUAUGAUGAGUCUGUCAAAAUUAACUCAAAGUCUAGUGAUAGUAUUCACACAACUGUCGAUGAACAAUCAGAUAUUACGUAUUUAAUGAUGGAUGAUAGUUUUGUGAAUAUUGCCGAACAGCUGGAUGAGUGUCAGGAUGAUCUCGAUUCCGAAGAAGAGCUGAUGGAGCGUUCAACCGUUCAAUAUAUCUUCCUAGAAGGUGAUCAUCAAUCAGACUCGGAACUGACGUUCGACGAGAUUCAAGCGACAUUACAAAAUAUGAAAAAUUCUCGCAAAAGGACGUCGGAAAAAAAUGACAAAAAAUUCAACAAAUCGCAGAACGACCACUCUUCAAAUAGCCAGGAGAAUUUUUCAAAGAAGAUUGAAUUAUCGAAUGAAGUCGGGGAUGAACUUGAGUUUCGCAUGUCACCACAAUCGACGACUGAUCGAACAUGUUUUUCCGGUUCGGAGAAUGAUCGGCAACGAUUGAUCGAUACAUUGACCGAUUCAUCACCAUCGACAACUCUACAGACACCAUUGAAGGUCAAGCGGUCGCGGAAGCAGCAACUGAUCUCUGUAGACCGAGAUGACGGGGAGAUUAUCAUCCAACCGGCAUCAAUGUUGAAUGAGGACAUGGCCGAUAAGAAACGUACUCGGAGACGACAGUUGCAUUCGCAGUUACGUGAUACUAUGGCGAAAAGAAUCAAAGAGACGAAGCGAAUCAAGCGGAAGAAGCGGCGAAAGGUCGUGGAAGUAAUCGAUCUAGAUAUGGAUGAAGACGAACAACAGACGAGACGCAAUGUGGUAGAGAUCACUUUAGAUGAUAGCAAGGACAAGUACUCCAGCGAUAAAGAGAACGAAAUCAUUAUGGUGACGGACUCUGAAAACGGCGAUGAUGAGGAAGAAGAAGAAGAAGAAGAAGAAGAUGAAUGGCAGCCCGGUCGUUUGACAAAGCUCAAUGGUGCAAUACGAUGCAAGUAUUGUCCCAGGAAAUUUCGUUAUCGACGUACUUUGUCUAUGCAUCUUUUGGUAUGUCAGAAAUCGCCGAAGAGUAAAGAUGAAAAUCAACGAGUCAAAAAGCAAUACACCUGCAAGAUCUGCCAAGAGAAAUUCGAUGAAGUCGUCGCUCUGGCACGUCACGCUCGUGCAAUGCACUCGCAGAGAAAGAAGCACAGGUUGAACCUUUCUCCAGCGAAAAGUCCGAGUAAAUCCUUGAGAUCAGUUCAACAGAAGGAAACGUCUUUAACGGAAGAGGAGGAAUCAGUUGACGACAACAGUAUAACAAAGAGAGAACUCCGUACGCUUGUCAAAGUAAAGAGAAAACGGAAACAAAAGAAUCGCUCAUUGGAGGCAAACAAACUCAAUUGCGCGGAUUGCGGUCGAUGGUUUCCAAGUACCGCUUUGCUAAAUGCGCACAGCUUGCAUCAUGGCACUAAGAAAUCUGAGCAACUUCACAAGUGUCAUAUAUGCAAGAAGCUCAUCAAGUCUAGGUUAAUGUUCCUCCAGCACUUGAAAAUGCAUAACGAUGCCCAGCGCAACUCUGGCAGCUCGUCUAGAAUACUACGGAGGAAAUUGCGCGCCCGGCCGAGUACACGUAAAAUUACAUCUCCCCGGAAACGUGGUCGACCGAGAAAGUUCUGAUUUUUCCCAGUCACGAACAACAUGUAUAAUACUGUACUCAUAUCGUCAUUGCUCGAAUUUCUUUAAGCCUAUAAUAGACUAUCGAUUAUGAAGCCAACUCGACUGCCGAUUCACAUUUUAGACUGAAAUCUAAAUCAGUUAAUUGACGCCUCAUUGUACCAAGCGUAGUCGAUAGUCGUAUUAACUUUCAAAAUUGAUAGUCCGAUAUGGGCUAUUGUAUUUCUUUUCUCAAAUGAUGUCAUUUUACGAUAAGACAUUAGCUUAAAUGUAUAUAAUAAAUCCAUACAUGUUAUCUUUUCA